ACAAAGGCAGCAAUGGCUUCCACCGUCCAUUCCCGAUCAACCCCCAUCAUUCUUCCUAAUUCCUCCCUUCAAACUUCAUUCCUUCCCAAAACACCUCAGCUUUCCAUUUUCAAGAAGAAAAAUCCUUUCACCUUUGCCUCCAAGAAACUAGUGUCAUGCAAAGCCAGCAAUGAGAACCAAAACAAUGAACACUCCUCUUCUUCUCCCAAUAGGUUCGAUAGAAGGGACAUCCUUCUCGGCCUAGGAAGUGUUUAUGGCGCAACCAACCUUGUGAGUGACCCAUUUGCAUUGGCAGCCCCAGUAGCCGCACCUGACCUUGACCUCUGUGAAAAAGCAACCGUGACAUCGAAAAGUGCAGGCACCACUAAAGUCGCUUGCUGCCCACCGAAAUCAGCGAAUAUCAUAGAUUUCAAACCACCCAAGUUUUCAAAGAUACGUUACCGGCCGGCGGCACAUAUGGUUGAUCCUGAAUACUUGGAUAAAUUUACGAAGGCUAUGGAGCUGAUGAAAGCUCUUCCUAUGGAAGAUCCACGUAGUUUCAUGCAACAAGCCAAUGUUCAUUGUGCUUAUUGCAAUGGAGGUUACGAUAAUGGGAGCCCCAACCAAGAACUUCAAGUUCACUUCUCAUGGCUGUUUUACCCGUUCCAUAGGUUGUAUCUCUAUUUCUACGAGAGGAUAUUGGGGAAGCUGAUUGAUGAUCCAAAUUUCGCUAUGCCGUUUUGGAACUGGGAUGCUCCCCGUGGCAUGGUUAUCCCUGAGAUAUAUGUAGAUCCUGACUCUCCACUCUACGACGAGAAGCGCAAUGUGAACCACCAGCCGCCCAAAAUGCUCGAUCUUGAUUACGCCGGCAAGGAGGAGGAAUUGUCAAAGAGAGAUCUUAUAAAGAGUAAUCUCACUGUGAUGUAUAGGCAGAUGGUACCCAACAGUACCGCUUCUCUUUUUCAUGGAAAGCCGUAUCGUGCCGGCGAGAAACCUAGUCCGGGAAUGGGAUCCAUUGAGAACAAUCCACACACCGCCAUUCAUCGGUGGGUUGGAGACGAUCGGGAAAAGUAUAAGGAAGACAUGGGGAACUUUUAUUCUGCAGGUAAAGACCCGUUGUUCUACGCUCAUCAUUGCAACGUUGAUCGAUUGUGGAACAUAUGGAAAUCUUUACCAGGGAAGAAGCGACGUGAUUUCACCGACACAGAUUGGCUCGAUUCCUCGUUUCUUUUCUACGACGAGAAUGCGAACCUGGUUCGAGCCAAGGUCCGCGAUUGCCUCGACACAAGGGUUUUAGGGUACGAUUAUCAAAAAGUUAACAUCCCAUGGCUUAAAAACAAGCCUACUCCUCGAAGGCCUGGUCGGGUCAAUGGGAAAGGUCAAGCAAUGGCAGCCGAAGCAAACACCACCCCCACCACCGUUAUCCGUAAUGUCUUCCCUAUAGUUCUAGACAAGGUGGUCCGCAUUGAGGUUCCAAGGUCAAAGAAAUCAAGGACUAAGCUUGAAAAAGAAGAUGAAGAAGAAGUACUGGUUCUUCAAAACAUUCAAGUAGACCGAGAUGUGGAGGUGAAAUUCGAUGUGUACAUUAACGACGAAGAAGACGAGGCACCGACCGAACCGGAAGAUUCGGAGUUUGCCGGGAGCUUUUCGAAUAUACCUCAUAACCAAAACAACCGAGGGAUGAAGCUUGACACAAGCUUGACUUUGCCAAUAUCGGAUUUGUUGGAGGAUUUGGAUGUGGAAGGUGAUGACAAUAUUGUGGUGACUUUGGUGCCUAAACAAGGGAAGGGUCUCGUUUCGAUUGGUAACAUUAAGACCGACUACAUCAGAGAUUGAUUAUCAUAUCCUGUGUUUUAUGUUAUAAAUAAGGUCAU